AUCUUCUUUUGUAAGCCUUGAAUAUUUGUCAGACCAAAGGCGUUUGGGCUCAUGCCUUCCAGUAGGGUUCCAUACAUAUAUAUACACAUAUGCUCAUGCAUAUAUGGUUCCUUUCGUCUUUGGAGCUCCUAUUUUUAUUUAAUGUUAUAAAGGUGGGUUCAAGAUGAUUUCCUGAAUCGAGUCAUCUUGAGGAUUCUGAGGAAGUUUUGUCAAGCAAUAAUGCCCUCUACCGAUAAUCAAAGUCUUUCUCUGCCUUUUGCAUCAUUCCGCCGGUCAAUUUUUAGUGUUAGGAGUGAUCAGGUUCAUUCCAUGGAAACUAAUUCUGAUUCUGGUGUCCCGGAAACCGAACUUGAAUCAUUCCAAAAGCAAGUGUCUGACAGAUUUCAUGCUCUAUCAGCUGUUUCUGCUGAAGAAUUUCUCUCCAUUACAUGGAUACAGAAGCUAUUGGAUGCGUUUCUUAGCUGUCAGGAGGAGUUUAGGGUUAUCUUAUGCAACAACAAGGCACGGCUUUCAAAACCACCCUUAGACAGGGUCGUCUCUGAAUACUUUGAGAGGAGCAUUAAGGCACUUGAUAUUUGUAAUGCAACUCGUGAUGGGAUCGAGAAGAUUCGGCUGUGGCAGAAGCACUUGGAGAUCAUCCUCUGUGCGUUGGAUUCUCAACAGAGGAUGAUAGGUGAAGGCCAAUUUCGUCGAGCAAGAAAAGCUUUGAUGGAUUUGGCACUCAUGAUGUUGGAUGAGAAGGAAUCCGGAUCUGUUUUUUCACACCGUAAUCGGUCUUUUGGACGUCAGAAUACAGGCAAGGAUCCUCAUCGUAAACCAGGUCACUCAAGGUCCCUCUCGUGGAGUGUAUCUCGUUCUUGGUCAGCAACGAAACAGCUCCAAUUAAUCUCUAACAACUUGUUCCCACCACGUGGGAAUGAGAUCUUGGCUACAAAUGGGCUUGCAAUCCCUGUUUUCACGAUGAGUUAUGUGCUCAUGUUUGUAUUGUGGGCUCUUGUUGCUGCAAUUCCUUGCCAAGAUCGAGGUCUCCAAAUUCAUUUUUCAAUCCCACGACAGUUCUCAUGGGGUACUCCAUUGAUUCUGCUUCAUGAUCGAAUUGUUGAGGAAUCUAAGAAGCGGGACCGACGCAAUUCUAAUGGCUUGCUGAAAGAGAUUUAUCAGAUUGAGAAAUGUACCCGUCACAUGACGGACAUGGUAGAUUCAGCUCAGUUCCCAUUGAAGGAGGAACAGAAGGAAGAAGUGGGGCAGGGAGUGCAAGAACUAUCACAGGUUUUUGAUGUUUGUAAAAAAGGGUUGGAUCCUUUGGAGCGGCAAGUGAGGGAGGUUUUCCAAAAGAUUAUGAGUUGCCGAACUGAGGGUCUUGAAUUCUUGAGCAGGGUAAACAAACCUGAGUAAUAUGAAUCGUUAUAAAAGUGAGGUUCAAAUGUAAAAAUCUGCAAAUAUGUUGUUAUUUUACUUUUUGUUAGCCUAUUACGAGGAAGGUCUUUAGCCAGCGAUAAUAAAGGAUUCUUCUGCAGGUAACUUUCUCGAAAUAUAAUUAUACUUCUUUAGGAGCACAAUGUUUAUAUUGGUUUCCCUGUUUUAUGGUUCUAUCAUCUGGUUUGCUUUGAUUUUGUAUUGGUUCUUGAUAUAUAUUCACAUUUUCAUUUGGAAGCAA